AUGCCCCGGAAAGACUUCUUCCCUCCAAGGGACGGCCUCAAGCUUAAGGUCCAAGGAGUUCGACUCGGUAUCGUCAUUCGCGUCAUUUCCGCAAUCAUCCUGGUCAUGCUCUUGCGCUCCAGGGUCAAGAAGGCGAUCGACCCGCCCAUGCAUCCGCUGUUGAUAAGGAGAAUGAAUAUCUCUGCGGCGAUCCAUGCCCUUCCUGAUCCGGAGUGGCACGUCGACAUCGAGGACUGCCAGACGUCAGGUCCUUUGCAUGCAUCUCAGACCCUUGACCACCAGAUCGACCUCGCCAGCUGUCCUCGAAAUCCUACAGGCCUGGUUCCGGAGAACGAUCACGACAACCGCUAUUUGCUUCGGCCACGCUACUUUGAGAGCCUCUUCUGGGCGUACGCCAACACGUGGGACCCGAAGUAUCAGAAUGUCUCGUGGUAUGCUUUUCUUGCUGUGAAUAAGACUUGUCGAGAUGAGCGGGGACACUUCCAUGGUGUUGAGGAUGUUUGGCAGGAGGGUGGUGGGGAUAAAAUAUAUGGGGUCCCAAGCCUGAGGGUGGCGAGAUUGCUAAGGUGGGCUUUAUUGAUUCAGAGGGUGAACGUUACCGAGGUCAAGAAGGGGGAAGACGGGAGAUAUGGGAACGUGCAUGAGAUUGAGAGGGAGGAGGUGUUUCCGAUGGUGAGCUACGAUUCUUUGGCGGAUGCUAUGUUUGGAUGGCCCAGAAAUUUUCGCUGGUAA